AAAGCCGUAUUAUUGUGAUCUCGAAACAACUAGGCCAGUUAAUAUAUUUCGACGUUUUAUUGGAUUCUUUGUUUCAUUCAAAGUGUUACUUUGAAACACUCAAUAGUAAAAAUGAGUGCGAACGAUAAUGGAUUAAAUUCGGCCACUAUUUUGGCGUUUUACAUUGAAAAAAAGGCGGAAAAAGUCGGGGUUAAGUCGAACAAUUCGCCCAUCAGAAAUUUUCACACUAACAAAGUCACUGAUACGGUAAUAGAGCUAUGUGAGGACUUUGAGAAAAGAUAUGAAAACUGCUUUGGGGAAAUGUGCAAGACAUGCGCGAGCAAGGACUUAACUCAGGAGGGUUAUUGGUGCAUUUUGAGUGAAUUGUUAGACAAAGAUCUUAACUGGGGUCGCAUUAUAGCCAUAUUCGCGUUCGCUGGGGCAUUGUCGGUAGACCGAAUGCGGUCAAAUUGCCAUGGGGACGUCGAGAAUAUCCAGGAUUGGACGUGCAAGUUCAUGAGAAAAUACGUGGAACAAUGGGUUGAAAAGAAUAACGGAUGGAAUGGAUUGGUAGAAUUCCACAACAAACCGGUUGAAAACCAGAACGGUGGAUGGGGAUCUAUGAUCGGCGCGUUCGGGGCGGCGUUCGGUGCCGCAUGUCUGCGGGUGCUUCUCCCAAGCCGUGGAUGAGGCCUACGUUUCUCUCCGUGCUUCAAGUAUCGCAGAAUGCCUGCUUAAAAAAAAGGAACACUGCAACUACGAUCAGACG